AUGGCUAGCACGAUAGCAAACACUGAGGAACACCACAACGCUGGCACCGUUGAACUCAAAGAUGACACCGUCAUUGUGGUACUAGGUGCGUCGGGAGAUUUGGCAAAGAAGAAGACGUUCCCUGCUCUUUUUGGCCUUUUCCGCAACAAAUUCCUCCCCAAGGGUAUCAAGAUCGUCGGAUAUGCCCGGACGAACAUGGACCACGAGGAAUACCUGAAACGUGUGCGAUCAUACAUCAAGACCCCCACGAAGGAGAUCGAGGAGCAGCUGGACAGCUUCUGCAAGCUCUGCACCUACGUCUCUGGGCAAUAUGACAAGGACGAAUCGUUCCAGAACCUUACGAAGCACCUUGAGGAUGUCGAGAAGGGACAGAAGGAACAGAACCGAGUCUUCUACAUGGCUCUGCCCCCUAGCGUCUUCAUCACCGUUUCCGAUCAGUUGAAGCGGAACUGCUACCCCAAGAACGGCAUUGCCCGUAUUAUCGUUGAGAAGCCCUUCGGCAAGGACCUUCAGAGCUCUCGCGACCUCCAGAAAGCCCUCGACCCCAACUGGAAGGAAGAGGAGAUCUUCCGUAUCGACCACUACCUCGGUAAGGAGAUGGUCAAGAACAUUCUCAUCAUGCGUUUCGGAAACGAGUUCUUCAACGCCACCUGGAACCGUCACCACAUCGACAAUGUACAGAUCACCUUCAAGGAACCUUUCGGCACCGAGGGCCGUGGCGGAUACUUCGAUGAAUUCGGUAUCAUCCGUGACGUCAUGCAGAACCAUCUUUUGCAGGUUCUCACCUUGCUCGCGAUGGAGCGCCCCAUCUCUUUCUCUGCGGAGGACAUCCGUGAUGAGAAGGUCCGUGUUCUGCGUGCGAUGGGCGCGAUUGAGCCCAAGAACGUCAUCAUCGGUCAGUACGGCAAGUCCUUGGAUGGUAGCAAGCCCGCCUACAAGGAGGACGAGACUGUUCCCCAGGACUCUCGCUGCCCGACCUUCUGCGCCAUGGUUGCGUACAUCAAGAACGAGCGUUGGGACGGUGUGCCUUUCAUCAUGAAAGCUGGUAAAGCCCUGAACGAGCAGAAGACCGAGAUCCGCAUUCAGUUCAAGGACGUGACCUCCGGAAUCUUCAAGGACAUUCCUCGCAACGAGCUUGUCAUCCGUGUCCAGCCCAACGAGUCGGUUUACAUCAAGAUGAACUCGAAGUUGCCUGGUCUGUCCAUGCAGACCGUGGUGACCGAGCUUGAUCUCACCUACCGCCGUCGCUUCUCUGAUCUGAAGAUCCCCGAGGCCUACGAGUCGCUUAUCCUGGACGCUCUAAAGGGCGACCACUCGAACUUCGUCCGUGACGAUGAACUCGACGCUAGCUGGAGAAUGUUCACUCCUCUCUUGCACUACCUCGACGAUAACAAGGAGAUCAUUCCUAUGGAAUACCCUUACGGCUCGCGCGGCCCUGCCGUCCUUGACGACUUCACGGCAUCAUUCGGUUACAAGUUCAGUGAUGCCGCUGGCUACCAGUGGCCCGUAACAACCCCCACCCCCAACCGACUUUAG